UCCUCUGUUAACUUCAACAGACCUUGUAACAAUGGACGGAGCCUGGAGUGAGACAAAGGAUGCCACUGAGGAAACUCAGAAGAUUUGUGAUCAGGUGAAGGGCCAAGUGGAGAAACAGACAGGCAAGAACUACAGGGUAUACAAAGCAGUUAAAUACAGGAUGCAGAUUGUGGCUGGAGAAAACUUGAUCAUCAAGGUUCAUGUUGGAGGAGCAGACUAUAUUCAUUUGAGUGUCAUCCAAGAACUUCCAUGUAACGGAGGAAAAACUGUGCUGCGCGGUGUAGAGCAACACCAAACCAAAGACUCCCCGCUCACAGUUUUCCCCUACUGAUCACACAACCUGUUUCAACAGUUAAACACUUACAGGCUGCAGUCUCAUGUUAAAAUGCUCUGCUUCUUCAUGAAAUUAUUUUACACAGAUAUUUGCUGAUGGAAAGCAGCAGGUUGAAUGCACUGCCUUAUAAAGAAAUAAUGAAGAUUAAAGCAUUAAAAAGAUCUACACA